AUAGCAAUGGCUAUCGCAACUAUAAACUUCGGGUGCAAACCCUGGAAUAUGCCGAAGUUUGGAUAAACGAGGAUGUGGCUUGCAGUCCUCCUCUGGAACUACCAUCCUACUUAAAAGACAGGAUUGAGAGCAGAAAACGCAAAAUGUGGGAAAGCAAAACUGCAAACAUUAGUAUGGCUGAGGCGAAGCGAAAAGCCAUCAUCAACGGUCGUGUAAGACGACUGUCAGAUCAAGUUGGUCACGUAAAGAAGACUGUGCAGGAAAACUCGGAGAAUAAAAAGUUUCAGGCUGAGCAGACUAUCAAGAAGAUGAACACAAGACUCCAAAACGCUGAGUGUAAACGUUCCCGACGACUGAAGUCAAUCUCUGUUAGAUGCAAGCAAAAGGUUGCAGAUGCGAAACUAAAGCGUCUUACAAACAUUGAGCGUCAAGAGAAGGAGCAACAAGACCGUCUAGAGGCAAUCCGUGAGAAGCUUGCUGCUGGGAUUGCUAGGAGAAACCUGGAGCUGAGAAACAGACAGCUCCGUUCUUUGACCUCCUGUAGGUGGUGUGCUGCACGCCGUAUCCAGAUAUGGUGGCACACCAUGAUACUGAAGAAGAGGAUCCGUGAGUUCCUCCAAGUGUGCCCCAAAGAGCUGCUGGGAACCCGAGAACCAGCGACUUACUACGACCUGCGUCGCAUCAUAAUCUCCCGCAACAACAUCAAAGCUAGCAGUAAUCUCCUGGAUGCUAUCUACCGGUUCAAUCAAACCUGGAACCGAAAGGCUGGACCCCGAAUCCUAUUGACCUGCUUCAUGAUAAAAUAUUUCCCCAGGAGCGUGUUGGCUUAUGACGGAGAACUGGAGAGAACUCUCAUUACAAAGGGAGAGGAUCUGGUCAAUAGGUUUAGACAGCUCAUCAAGUAUCCUGGUGCUCACUACCGAGUCCUACACCAGGUAGUUCUGAAGUUUGGAGGUUGUUGGGCGGAGUAUGUGGCUGCUCUUAACCAGUGGAAGAGUGUAGAUAUUGACAGACUGAUUGAGGAACUGCACAAGUACUGGGAACAACUUCAGGAGGUGAAAGCUGCGAUGACAGCGAGAGCUGAGAAUGCUGCAACAUCUAUCGAAAUACCGGGAGCUGAGGAAGACAUAUCGGACAGCAAUGCGAUCUUAGCACACGUGGCCUCCCAAGAGCAGAUGGUGAUCGACCGACUCCGACAAACCGGGGGUGAGAUAGCAGUACAGGAGUUAAAGGAGAAGUUCUCGGUUGUGGACACACCUCCGCAAAUAGAAACUGAAACUGAAACUGAAACCAAAAGUGAAGUACCCGCCUUGGUAGAAACUCUUGUAGAGUCGGUAUCACCAGACGAUCCCUUGCCCGAGGAGGGGCACGAGUCACAUGAACAGGUGUCUCAACCGGAAACUGAAAAAGCAGGACCUUCUGAUGAGUUCUAUGAGGAUAUGGCAAAGAUGGAGAUGGCGCACGAGAUCGCCAUGAACUCAGAUUACAAGAUCGAGAAGAAGGAAUCUGAGGGAACACAAGGCGAGUUAGAAGCGACAAUGAAGAAAGCGUUCUGGGAUCUGGUUCGAACGGACGUUGAGUCUGGAGACUUCAAGCAGUGUGUGAGUAUGUUGGCAGAGAUAAGGGAGCAGAUUGAAGGUAUCGGAACUAUUGAGAAACUCUCCGCAACUCAUCCUCUUAGAGUUCUCAUCGCAGACACAAUCGACAUCGACCUUAUUACACAGCAGAUCGAACACCAAACUUUUGACCUGUCUGUAAAAGUGGAAGGGAUCGUGAGUAUUCUCGUGAAGCUCUGCUCCGCAGCUAAAGAUCCUGAAAUACGAGCCAUCAUGGAACUGAAAGAUGUUGUCGAGAUAUUCAAGGCCCUCUUCGAAGGAGUACAAGCUAUCAAAUUGGAGGUUGCUAAUUACUACUUAGAACAAGCUAAGUCAACCAUCAAGCAACACAGUAUUGAAUACGAGAGAGCUAAAUUCGAGGAAUUCCUGACAAAUCAUCCUAGUGGACUAAACAACACAAAGGAAUGGCUCAGAGACAAUCUACAGGACAGUCCCCUAGCCACAAUGUGCCAAGCUUACCUCACACUGCUCUCUACUACACCCCCAAAACCUGAGACGGUGUCACUAGACGAGGGCCGGUAUGCUAAACUUGGCUCUCAGGUCCGUUCCCUCCUCCUCUCCUCCCUCCUCUCCCUCAAACUGGGCUCACUCCACCCCGGAUACGCCGAGGAACCCUUCCUCAACUCCCUCCACUCCACCCUCCAGAUCCUAGCUCCAGAGGACCCAGCACCUUACCGAGACCUUCUCCUGCACAAAACAGUGGACCUGUGUGUCACUAAAGUUCCUGGUGUGAACAAGGAGACCCUCCAGCGUGUUGUCGAGUCCACCGUGGACGGUGUGAUUCAGGAGUCCGAGGAAGAUCCUGUGUUCAAUCUCCUGAAGCGCCGACUUACCGGGUACAUCACUGAGAUGAGUUUGAACAGAAAACCUGCUCUUCCCAAAGGGUUUGAGCUGGUUAAGGAACAAGUGGUGAAAUGUGGGGAAACUUACCUGAAACUUGUGGACUUCAACAGACGGGUGUACGGACCAUACUACGCUAAAAUCCUCAAGGAAAUCAGCCCUCCAGGAAAUAAUUGACAAGGGAAAUGAACAUUUUAUGCUACUCUUAUUGAGACUGUUGAGUCCAGCAUGCAGCAUGGGUGAUAUUUGACAAUCGCUUUCUUGGAAGCAGGCUGAAUUAAGUUUGACUUUGAGCAUGCAUUCAAUGAAAUAUGUUCUAUGAAUGGGUGCUACAAUCAAACUGUAGGUGUAGAUCAAUCGAGAAACAAUGAAACUCUGUCGUUAAAUUUUAUUGGGACUCGGCAUCGAGUGAGCCAUUUAUUGGUCGACGACCCUCGAACAUAUUUGAUAAAUAUGUACUCAUGGAUGUGAAGAAUCAAUGUAGUUUAAUGAACGAUAAUUAGGGCAAAUAGGGCAAAUAGGGAAACUGUGGACAUCGCAGAAAAUCAUCAUCAAUGUAUGUAAUUUAACAUACAUAUUAUGUAAUUAAACGUAUAUGUAAUUAAACCAGUAAAAUAGUUUUCAAAUGACAAACGGUUUUUAAUGGAAUCUGGAAGUUUGACGUCUCUACGCUAUUCUUCUUGAACUAAAGAGUCAUCUUGACAGAUUUUAAAAACUGACCAAAAGCUAAAAUUUAGAUUUCUUUAAGUAAUUUUAUAAUCAAUAAUUUAUUCUAAAUUUUACCUGAAAUAAGUUGAUUAAAGUUCAAAAUUGUUUGUGUCGUGUGAUUUACUUUUCUGAUUAAAUUGAAAAUUGUUUUUGUUAUGAAAUAUGUGGAAUGUUUAAUCAUUAUGUUUACAGCAAUAUGCGAAUGUAAAUCCUUAAAAUUAAGCUAAAUUUUUAUCAAA